UGUACUUCAUACGUUCCGGUGGGUGGGGGACUUUCUGGUUCGUGUCCGCAUUGGAUAAGUUAGUCAUAUUUUUUUAUUUCACGUUCUGUGUGUGCGUGGUGCUUUCCUUUACAAUGGAUGAUACUAAAAUCGAUUGGGAAUUCGCUUCGAAAGCUGACUAAGGAGUUCGGUCAAGAUCUGAAGCUAGAGGAGCCAGAGCCACAAACAGAACUUUGAACGCAGAACCACUAUUGAACAUAAUCAUAUAAUGCAUUUAAGAAACGGACUUUGCUAAUACCGAAAAGCGUUAUUUCGAUGAAACUCCAAAUGCAGAAUUAAAUUACUUAUACUAUAAUCGCUUUCUAUUGUUAGACAAGUGCCUUCCCCAUAAACUGUUGUUUCUGGGAUUUUCAAAGGCUCUACAUGACUUUGGUCGGUCACAUCGGAGGUGGACGUUCACUUCGGAGGUAGCACCACUAGAAUAACCAAACAUUGUUGAAAGGCACGUUUAAUUUAUACAAUGACCAAUGACCUUCCACCUUUUAGAAUGUAAUACAGAAAACAUUACUGUAGAUGAAAAUCAAACAUUGAUUUCAGUCCUUUAGUAAUCAACUAUGAACUGUUCAUGACCUGUGUGACUCACGGAUUAAUAAAGGGGAGUAAACUCUUCAUGACCUGUGUGCUUAACGGAUAAGGACGGUGGGAGUCAGACAAACAAGCUGUAACGUCAGUCAUCACGUGAUCCCAGAUGUGGCUGAGGCAUGGCCACAUGGCAUGGUUGCCUGCUUCUCACCCUGGUCUUUCUCGUCCUCUCUUGCCCUUCAUUGCGAGGACUCAGGAACGAGGGUGUGGUGAGGGUCGUGAGAACUGCCCUGGUGCCUUAUGUGAACACGACUUGGACCAGAAGAAACACAAAACUUGGGACUCUAUACAAAAGCUUAGACAGUAGCGCCAGAAUAAAUUAUGUUGGUAGUUCCCUUAACGUAAAAAAUAGUACACAUUUUAUUCGUUUACUUAUAAUUGCAUCUACUAUUUCAUCCAACGUUAGAUCACAGUCACAUCAUGACAACAGUAAUCGCCUUAGAAAAUCUUCAGUGUCCACGUUUCUAGACAAGAGUAUUCCUAUUGACAAAUACAGUAGAAAACCUGAAAGCAAAACCGUCAUAAAUUGGUUCAACUAUGCCAUAGACAGUCCGAAAAAGAGUCGAAAGCUAGACACAUUGAAGGAUUUUAUCCAUGCUAGUACUGCAUCAGGAAACUUAAAAGCAUUAUUUUUGGGUGGGCCUUUUCGAUCAUUACCGGAUUUAACUUCUAAAAGUGGGAACAGUUCAAGACAGCCUCAUCGAAAACACAAAGGCGCCAAGCAGUACAAGAAUCAUUCACUGAAAUGGGCACCACUCAUCCACCGACAGAAUCACACCCCACCGACACCACAAACAACAUACACCAACCCGUCUGAAAUUGUGAAUGGGAAUCUAUCACUUGGCGACAUACGCCAGAAUAGCAUUCAGACCAAUAGAUCAGCUGCUGGGAAGACGUCGGGGUACCACCAUUUCAGACUUUUGUCUCCGUCUGGUGAACUUGAGCCAGAGCUCGAUUUUUCGUCGUUGUCAUCAUCACAAUUCUCAGAACAGUCACGUAUACCGAGGAAAAACGCUUUUCCUGUACGCGACGCCCAGAGGCUAAGAUACCGAAGAUCUCCAUCAUCAGUUAUUGAUAAGGCUGGGUCCAAAAACUCAUCCCCUGACCUUCCAAAUGUUACUCGUGCUUCAGGUUCUUUUUCUACUUUUUCUACAUCGUCGACUAUAAUCCCACCUACAACUUCAAGGUCUAUCAACAUCACCGAAGACGUCACGAAUAAUGAAGCUAGUUACGAAAGAGACGCCAAUGAUUUCACCUCGGGGUUGAAAGGUCAGGAACACAACGGCAGCGUCACAGCGGAUUAUGGCGUAGUCGUGAAACGCUUUGAACAAACCACGUCAUGGCCUCCAGACUACAAAGGAUUUUUCGACGAUUCGUUAUGGGCUGAAAAUGAGAAAAGUGUCAGCAGAAAAACCCUCAAAAUCGGAGGUCUGUUUGAGCUGAAUGGAAAGAAAUACGGAGGAAAUGGAUACUCGGAACUGGACGCCGCUCUGCUGGCCGUGUCACACAUCAACGACCUCGAGGUUAUACCUGGAUACAAUCUGGAUCUCGUUUACAAUGACUCCAUGUGUGACCCUGGUGUUGGCACGGACGCCUUCUUUGAUUUCAUCUACCGGAAAUCGAAGGAUAGCAGCCUCGUUAUGGUGAUGGGCAGCGCAUGCACGGAAGUAACCAAGACGAUCGCCGAGAUAGUGCCUUAUUGGAACCUGCUACUGAUUUCCUAUGCCGCCAAAUCUGCGGCUCUCAGCGAGCGUGAGAAAUACAGGACCUUCUUCCGGUUGGCCUUAGGCGACUCCGCGCUGAAUCCUGCACGGCGCAUGCUGGUCAAGCACUUCCAGUGGAACAAAGUUGCCGCCCUUUACGAGGAUUUAGAGACAUUGUCCUUGGCUUUUAACGGGAUCAACGAGGACUUCUCAGCGCAUGGAAUUGUCAUCAAAUCUUCCGCGUCUUUCAAGGAUGCUCAACUCGAAGUCCCCGUCAAAUUGAAGGAGUUGAGGGACUUGGACGUUCGAAUUAUUCUGGCAGGUUUUAUGGAGCCUGCAGCGAGGCAAGUGUUCUGUGAGGCCUACAAGCAAGGUAUGUACGGCGCUCGCUACGUGUGGAUCCUGGUGGGUGGCUUCAAACAUCAGUGGUGGCGAGAGACUCUGGACACAGACUGUACGCCAGCCCAGCUGGCCACUGCGGUGGAGGGCGCCUUCUCUGUCUUCAGUCUGGACGGUCUUCUCGAUGGCGGGAAAUCCGUGGCUAAUCUGACAUCUACAGAAUUUCUAGAAGCCUACUUCAAAAGCAAUGGGAGUCGACCUCUGAGCAUGUAUGCCGCUAGCACCUACGACACGGUUUGGACCAUAGCGCUCACGAUUCAGGAAACUUUACGGCGGUGGGGGGCCAACGGAACAGCGGCGCCGCCAUUCCAUCAGUUGAGCUACGAAAACAUGGGCUCGGUGAAGGAAACUUUCAUCAGCACGAUGGAGAAUCUGGAGUUCCCAGGGGUUUCGGGCCCGGUGUCUUUCAAAGGAUCUGACAGAGAGGGCAUCGCUGUUGUUUACCAAGUACAAGGAGGGAAUUUCACACCAGUUGCUAUGCACCAGCCCACGAGAGCGUUCCUGGACUUCGACUGUGAUUCUUGCCACAACAUUUUUUGGCAAGGAGGUCGUGUCCCCAAAGACGAGAAGGUGGUGCUGCUCCGCCUGAAGACGAUCGAGGUGUCCGUGGUUUACACUGCCACAGGCCUGUGUGUCGGGGGCGUGGUGCUGGCUGUCUUCUUCCUCGCCUACAACCUCUAUCACAGGCGGCUCAAGUUCAUCAAGCUCUCUAGCCCAAUGCUGAACAACGUAGCGGUCAUAGGCUGUAUCCUGGUCUACACGGGUGUCAUCUUGUUGGGGCUGGAUGACCGAGUGUUGACCGACUACAUAUUUCCCAUUGUGUGUUCGGGGAGGGCGUUUUUCCUGGCCGCUGGUUUCUCACUGGCAUUCGGUGCAAUGUUUGCCAAGACCUUCCGGGUACAUCAGAUCUUUACCCGAGCUCAUCAUGGGCUUGUCAAAUCCAAGCUGAUUCAGGACACACACCUUCUGGUCAUCAUUGGCGUCCUCCUGGCCGUGGACUCGGCUCUGGUCUUCGUCUGGGUGAUCGUGGACCCCAUGAGUCGUCACGUGUCUAACACUACAACUGAGGUUUCGGCUGAUGACGAAGACCUCAUCUUCCAGGAUCAGCUGACCACCUGCCGGUCUGAACAUCUACAAAAAUGGUUGGGCGCUUUCUACGCUUAUAAAGGCCUUCUAUUGGUGUUUGGGGUGUACAUGGCAUGGGAGACCAGACAUGUGAAGAUCCCUGCUCUCAAUGAUUCACAGUAUAUCGGUCUGAACGUGUACAAUGUGGUCAUCAUGUCGGUUAGCGUGGUGGUUAUCUCCAACAUCCUGUCCAGUCAGCCCACCCUGGCCUACACUAUGGAGGCCUUCUUCAUGUUUCUCUCCACCACCGUCACGCUCUGCCUGCUCUUCGUGCCCAAGAUCUACGCCAUCGUGACGUCAGGCGGCAAUCCGGUCAUCGCCAGUACCGGCAUCUUGGUGGAUCAGACCAACUGUAGACGUUUCGUCUUCGAUGACCGCAAGGAGAUCUACUACAGGGGCGAGGUCCAAAACAGGGUCUACAAACGGGAGCUGGUGGAGGUGCAACUCUAUAUCAGACGGCGGUGAGGGCGUGACCUUUGACGUGUCCGAGAACGAGGACAUCUUGAUGGACAUGGCGUUCACCUCCGGCGGGUUGCUCAGGCCGUCCAACUCGAUCAGCAAACGUCACUCAGUAGAGAAUUCUAGACCGGCGGUACGAACCUUCCAGAAGCUCACACGGAGUUUCAGUAUAGGAGGCGCUAGCGGAAGUUGGAACAAGAAGAAAGGGCGUGACGUCUGCAGCGGCGCGUCCAAACUUCCGUCGUCUGUUUCUGACUCGAACUGGUUGACCAAUCAUCGAAUGAUAUGUGAAUUCGAGAUGGACGGAUACAGGACUUCCGGUGGUGACGUUUGGGGGACAAGGAGGAAGAGGACAAGUGACCGAAAGGAGAAACAGGAUGGUGGCCUUAAGAACGAGUGUGGGAGUUCAGAUAAUCACCAGAGACCAAAUAAAAGGUAUUCCGAUGAUUUGACUUACUUGCAAAAGGAAACGGUUUUUAAUUUUCCAAUGUCGGCAACAAAUCGGGGGAAUACGGCAUCCAUUCCUAUGUUGGACAAGAUCACUCAGACCAGUGGAGAGUCAGGGCCAGAGAAACUCGCCCAAAAUGGUCUUGAAAGAGUUCGUAAAACUACGCAUUGCCACUCUGCGCAAUCCAUAACUGCCGGUGAGAAAGGAAACAGGAGGGGUGAAAUGAAUAGUCUCAGAAACAUGGAUGGGGAUACGUUUUCUUUUAAUAGUCAGAGUAAUUCUCGUGGAGACUCGUGUGCAGAAAAAGGCCAUACUGAAAAUAAAACGCUCAAUACAGUAGACGUUGCGGAGUAUGGGGGUGGAUACGGUAAAAUUGGCGUGGCGAAUGAAAAGGGUGUGUCCAAAGAGCACAGCUUUGUGAAUAACAGGGGCGUAGUGGAGACUCGAAAGAGCAGCGGGGAUAACACUGUGGCGGAUUUAUACAACGCUAAUGACGGUAGCGAGACGUCUCAGGCAAAAAGUCCCACAGGCUUCAACUCUAAAGUCGGCAGACUCUUUGCUGUGCAUCGCUUACAAGUCAUCACAGUCGAUGACGACAGCAGUGCGAGCAAUAAUGAAAAUGACGACGAUGACGAAAAUGUUCAUAACAGUGAAACAAUGAACACAGAAGCAUCCUGUUUAUUGCGAAACAGCAGCAGUAGCGACAACACUCUGAACGGGAAGGAUUCAGAGGGGGACUUGUUGUGUCCGUUUGAGAAGUCUCUCAACUGUCCUCACCGACCCCAAGUCCCCUCAGGGGGGAAAUCAAACGAUACGGUGAGAAAAGAAAAUGUGCCGAACGGAGAUGGCAAUGUGUGUGCGCAUUUUGUUCCCGCAUUCGAGCGGAUGUCAGUAUUUGAGAGGCCUUCAAGCGACUCAGAGCUACUCAACGAAGUUCCACCUCCGUUCUUUCAUCAUCAUCACAAACGGUCUUUAGUGCUCCCCCAUCAUGACGCUGAUGUACACACUCCUCUUCUUGCUACUGAAGAAUCGGCGGACUCAGCUUCACAUCAUCAUCACCAUCAUCACCGAGACAUUGUUCCUCAACAUUUCCAGCCCCGCCUCCGCAGCAUCAGCACCUCUGAACGACCCGCCUUCAACAACACAGUAGGAGAUAACUCCGCCCUUCACCUAUGCGGUGAUUGGAUUGAGCCAGGACACCGCUCUGGUGACUCCUCCCCCGAACAGCUAAACCCCGCCCCUCCUCACUCCACGUGCCUCAAUCCCUUUUUCGUCCACUACGACCCCAGAACGAGCGCUUCUUCGGACAGUGUGUUCUUGCAUGACGAUCCCCGAGAAGACAACGACUCUCUCCCCUCAGCUACAUCUCCUCUACUACCGUCAACACAUCGCUCACAAUUUUCUUCCACUUUAGACAAGCCAGUCACGUGUCGCUCCAGCUCCUCGCGAGCAAUUCCAUCACAAGCUGCCCCACCCAUCUCUCCUCCAGAGAGAACUUCAUACAGGCACGGUCUGCUUGCCAGCUUGCUACAAUCCUCCCCUCCUUCAUCAUCAUCAUCGCCGCCUCUUUGCUGCUCACCCCCAUCAUCUCCACAAAAGAAACUUUUGCCACAACCGUCUUCGCCGUCAUCAUCAUUAUCGUCAACGUCAUCAUCCAAGCUCAGUUACUUUCAGUCACGAGAGAACGCCACAAAAAUGAGGCAAGUCCAUCCUUCUGAGGGCACGGUGUCCUCUCUGCCUCUGUCUUACAUGAUGCCACCUUCAACAAAAGUAGGCUCGCUCGAUUCUCUAUUCGUUGAGGAAGAAGGGGCGAGUCCAUCUUUACCUUCAGGGGCUAUCACAAUUUUGAAAGGAACUUCAACUAUCAGUAACGCACAUUACGGCAAGCCUUCAAAAACGAACAAAAGUAACGCUGAGAGUGAAAAAAAGAAAAGGAUUAAAAAACUACAGGACGACUUGAUACGAAUACAGAGAGAACUUGAAGAUCUGACACAGCCUGAGACAGACGUCUCAGAAGUAUGAGAAUCUCAGAGUCAGUUUGAGAAGCAAAUGUUCAAAAAAGAUUAAAAUGACGAGUAGAAAUGGUAGAAAGAUUUCAGCCGGACAGGGAGAAAAAGCAAAAGAGAUAUUUUCUGAUGUGUAACUCCAUUGGA